UUUUGGCGUUUGACCCGCUGAAUGCGCCCAUUAGUUUAAUGGCGUUUUGAGUUUUGACAUUUGCCAUACGCAAUGCAGAAUCUUGUGUGAUGACGCAUGCAGUUGUAAAAGAGGAAAUUAAACAAGAAAUAAGUACAUUCUUCGACGAGACGAUUUACCUUAGAGAUGAUGUCACAGGAACAAUAAAGGAAGAACACUGCGAGGAUAAUGUAAAAGACGAAAGUGAACUCGAGCGGAAACAUAACUUUGCCGUAUACCUCUUGGACAACUACUCCGAAAAUAUCCCACGAAUUUCAAACGAUUUUAAAUGUGAUCAAUGUGAUUACUCAGCAAAGUAUAAAUACCAAUUGCAAAUACAUCGGUUGGUACACAAGACAACUAAGGAAUUAAGCUGUUCCCAGUGUACGUACGUGACUAAUUUCAAGUCCGGUUUGAGGAAACAUCUGUUAAUUCACGCGACCGUCAAACAUUUUAAAUGUGACCUGUGUGAUUACGGUACCAAUGAUCAGUCCAACUUUAAAAGACAUCUGUUAACUCAUAAAAGUACAAAGGAUUUUCAAUGUGACCUAUGUAAUUACGCAACCAAUAACAAGGCUCAUUUUGAAAGACAUCUUGUAACGCACAGUACUGCCAAGAAUUUUCAAUGCGAACAGUGUGACUUUGCAUCCAAAUAUAAAACCAGUCUUAAAACACAUCUGUUAACACACAAGACUGUCAAGGAUUUAAAAUGUGACUAUUGCAAUUACGCGACCAAUAGUAAAUGCAAUUUAAAUACGCAUCUGUUAAAACAUAAGACUUUGAAGAAUUUCAAAUGUGCCCAUUGUGAUUACGCGACCAAACAGAAAUACAGUUUGGGGAGACAUCUGUUGACCCACAAGGCCGUCAAAGAUAUACAAUGUGCAUUGUGCGAUUAUACCACUAAUGUAAAAUACAGUUUGAAAAAACAUUUGUUAACGCACACAGCCAAGGUUUUAAAAUGUGGCCAGUGUGAUUAUGCAACCUACAGCAAAUCCUACUUGAAGCAACAUCUGUUAAGGCACAAGCUUCCCAAGGAAUUUAAUUGUGCCCAGUGUGAUAACGCAUUCAGUCACAAAUCCUUUUUGAUAAAACAUCUCUUAACGCACAGGAUCGCUAAAAAUUUAAAAUGUACCCAGUGUCCUUACUCAACUGAUUCUAGUUCUAAUUUGAAAGUGCAUCUUUUAACACAUCGGAUCUUAAAGGAUUUCAAGUGUGCACGUUGUGACUACGCAACUAAUGUGAAAUGUAAUUUUAAAAGACAUCUGUUAAAACACACGGGGAAAACAUCUGCCAACACAAUUUAAUGUGGUUCUUUCACAAGCCUCAUAGAGGGAACAAAUGUUGUUUCCUUUAGCAAUUUGUACGAAAUUUUUUUUUUUGUAAGGCAAAUUUAUGGGUUUAAACUUACAUAGGUAGCUUGUAUUUUUAAGUGUAAAAUUUAAUAUUUUAAUAGUGCCUAAUGUAAGAAAUGUGACGCUUAUGCUGCAAGCUUGAAAAACUGGAGUGUGGUUAUUAUACAAUAUACGAACAUUUGGACGCUGUGGUGAACGAUGACUGUUAUUUUUUCGUGCAUUGUAACAGAUGAUCAGACAUGGGUGUUGUAACGGGAACCCGUUAACGGAUUUUAUUUGAUUCGAAUUUUUUCGGGGUCCUCGCUUUGUAAAUGCGUUUGAAAGCUUGCGGCGCCGAUAGGUCGUGGUUAGUUCGGAUUGCAUGAGGAUUUUGUUUAUUUUGCAAUCGUCGUUAACCGAGGCUGCUAAGUAGCAUGGAUUUUGCGGGAUCAGGGGGAAACUACUUCGUGUUGAGUCAAUACAUCGGGGAAAUUUGGCAUUUUUGUGGAGAGAACUCGCGCUAAUACUUUAACCUUUAACGAAUAAGGCACAGGACCUUAAGAGAUUUAAAAUGUGCUCAUUAUGGUUAUGUAACUAAUGAUAAAUACAAUUUCAGAAAACAUCUAGAAAGAAUUUAAAAGGUGAACAUUGUGAAUGUGGAACGCAUUGUCAGGCAGCCUCUUGGUCGUAAACGAGUAUCGAAGAGUAUUUGCAAAAGCACUCGUCAAAAAUGGUUUGUGUUUUUGGUGUAAAUUAUUACUAAAUUUAUGUUUUGAUUACAUGGUCUUUUGGCCCAAGGUAAAUUUAUAUAUUUGGUCAUUUAUUUAAAUUUGUCCCCGUGAAUGGCAAAUAACUGUAACCACAUUAGUUACGACCCCUAAUGCUGGGACUGACCUCGAUUCUUAACUGUAGACUUGAAUUCCCUGCACGAAGGGCAAGUUACCUAUCUUGGGGGUGAGAUUCUGCUAAAAAAACUUCGGUUUAGAGUCUAUGUGCGAUAUGAAUUUUCCCUAGGAAAGGUAAUCAGAUUUCGGUUAAAUUUCAAAUUAAAUAAUUAUACGUGAUCAAACGUCGAGGCCAGGGGUUUGAACCGGAA